CACUCUAUCCGUCAGGAAAACACGGCGUGUGAGAAGGCAAAGCCAAAAGUUGCACAACAACGUGACGGCAAUGAAAAAGGCGCACGUGUGGCGGCGGAUUCCGGAUCACACGAAGAGCUUCAUGCGAAAGCUUGUCUGAAGGGGCUGUUCGUUCGUUUGUUUUACUCGGCUGCGAGUGAGCGACUGAGUCAGUGUCAGUGUCACGAAUGCCCGGGAUGCAUGUUUUGUUCGAACAGUGCGCGAACGUCGCUGUUGGUCACAAUCCUGACAGUCAAACGAGCCGGUCGCUCAGACCUCAUCGAAAGCUACGACUCGCCACAACUUGACGAGGUGCCACUCCACCCGUCGCGAGGGGAUGAUUUGUACGAGUCGUUUGUAUGGUUUUUAUGGUAA